AUGUUUCAUAACCCCUCAGCCAGCUCCUGGUCCUACACCGGACCCUCUCCUCCACCAGCCGUCUCAGCCUUCCACCGUACCCUUCCAGACUACGCCGUCACACCUCUGACAUCGCUCCCAUCCCUAGCGCAAGAAGUAGGCGUAUCCCACGUUCUCCUCAAGGAUGAGUCCAGUCGCCUCGGCCUCCCCGCCUUCAAGAUCCUCGGUGCAAGUUGGGCGAUUCACAGAGCCCUCGCCCAACGUUUCAGCUUGUCACUGACGGCCUCCCUUGAAGAACUCGGCGUCGCGGCGCAGAAAGAUGGCGUGAAGCUUGUGACGUGUACAGAGGGUAAUUGGGGCAGGGCGGUGGCGAGAAUGGCAAAGUAUCUAGGGGUCGAAGCUGUUAUUUUCGUGCCGGACUUUAUGGAUGAGGCGACGCAGCAGAAGAUUACGGGGGAAGGGGAACGGACGAAAGUGAUAGUUGUAGAUGGCGACUAUGAUUUCUCGAUUGCGAAGGCGAGGGAGGAAGCCGAUGAGGGGGGGAUGUUGGUCAUGGAUGUUUCGUGGGAUGGUUAUGAGGACAUUCCCGAGUGGGUGGUUGAAGGUUACAGCACCAUGCUCAUCGAAGCGGAUAAGCAGCUGCAAGACCUGAGCAUACGAACAGUAACCCACGCAAUAGUCUCCGUGGGUGUGGGGUCCUGGGCACAGGCUGUGGCUAUGCACUACAAAGCCCGAUCGACUCCUGUUACAGUUGUCACUGUCGAGCCGGAUACAGCAGCGAGUCUAAAGGCGAGUCUAGAGACUGGAAAGAUUACGCCGAUUACGACUGGGCACACCAUCAUGAAUGGCAUGAAUUGUGGUACGACAUCGACAACGGCUUGGAAGAUCCUGGAAGAGGGUGUGGACUUAAGCGUCACAGUCUCUGAUAUCGAUCUUUGA